ACAGGUGCGUAGAACAACAAGAAGACACCACAGGAUGGCAUUUUUCCCCUCUCCUGGGGACCAGCAUACCGCCACUAGGGGCAGGUCGAUGACCUGGAUGCUGCAUCUCAGUCUGAUGACGGGCAUCAUUUGGGCCACUGUCUUUGUCUCCUCUCGUGGCAACAUCAAUCAUGGAGGUGCCUCCAAGGCUUUCCACACAACUGUACUGGUGGCGGAAGGUGCUUUAGGCAGUUCCGCAUCGUCACCAGUACCAGAACUGCUGCAAGUAAGUGGGGAGAACAAGGUGAACCAUGUGGGACAUGGCUCGAGCAAUGGACAAUACCUCGUUAGUGCAGAGAAUUCUACAGGUCGUGUUGCGUCGUCUACAUUCUCAGCUUCGUCUGGUGCCUUAGAAGUUGCUACGACACCUCAAGGUUCUACUUCUACCAGUAGUAGUCAAAGCACCUCAUCCUCUGCCUCUGGAGACUCCACCACUUCCUCUUCCUCUGGAGACUCCAGCAAGUUUCCCCCUCCCCUUGCACUUCGCGUCUUCUGCCUCGGAGAAUAUCAAGUGACAGCACCAGGACAUGUUGAAUUGAAGCCGUAUAUGAGGUUGAACGUGGAGACGUGGAAGAAACAUCUCACUGUGAGAGAUCCGGUGACUGGAAGGGUGUAUGUUUAUGAAGAAGGAUCUGAUGUUGAAAAUGAUUGGUUUCUUGUUGUAAGUAGUCAAUUUAUUGUCGAAUAGAAAUGUUGAGCAGAAGUUAGUAGUAGAUUCCGCUCCUUAAUUGUAUUUGUAACACCAUCCAUCUUUCAUUUCAUCCAUAAAGCUGUACCAAUUGUACCAAAACCAUACCAAAACAAGUGUGAGCGUCCCGACAACAUCUAAUAUUUCGAACCGAAGAUCCAUAUGUUGAACGACAAGAACUUGCGCAAGUACAUCCCUGACGUCCCUGAGGAGUACUUCCGACUGCCGUAUUCAGCAGCAAAAAGUGACGCAGUACGUUAUGCAGUGCUCUACUGGAUGGGAGGAAUCUAUUUGGACACGGACAUUCUGAUUCAGAGACAGGUAGUUUCUUUUUUGUCUCUGACUUCGUUGAUCGUAGUUGUUAAGGAGAUUAAGAACUCCCCCCUACGCCGGUAUCCACGCGGAAAAUACGCAGGUAGGUUUUGACUUAUCGGAACUCGCUUGCAAAAUACGCAGGUAGGUUUUGACUUAUCGGAACUCGCUCACGAUACAAAAAAAAAAAAAGAUUGUAUUGUAUUGUAUUGUAUUGUAUUGUAUUUGUAUCUGACUUCCUUGCAUUGGUCGGGAUCCUUGGCAGCUGUGACUACUUGAUGAAUUCAUCAAGUUCAACGAGUCCUGAUCUAUCUUGCAUUACAUCAACAUCAUGACAACGAGUGUUGAAAAAACAGCACUCGUGACUUUUGAUCGAAGUAAGUACCUUUUUUUAUUCUCUCGAAGUCGAAUCAAAAUCAUCUCUCAAUCUUCACCCAGGUCCAUCCCAAGAUCGUUUUUUCCCUUCUCUUGCCGCCGAGCACCAAGGCCGACUACGAAGAGUGGCAGCAUCGUUUCACCACACUCAACACGGCGAACCAAAUCCUAGCUGGCGAGGAGCAAGAGCAUGAGAAUGCCACUGGAGAAAAAAAAGCAGAACUCGACAAGAAGAACAGCUAUGUCGGUGCCAGAGAUGGGAAAACCUAUGUCCACCAUAAGCGCCAUGGUGUCAAGAAGCCGUUUGACAUCAGCAAGCUUCCGCAAAGACACGAUGUCUUGGAUUACUACAAGGAGUUCAUGAAGAACUACAAGGAGGUGGAACCAAGUACGGCAUCAGAGGACAAUACAGUUAUGGAGCGAACAGGACAAUCACAAUUUAGAUGUAGAUUGUUACUGUGUACUUGUAGUUGGAGGUUUUGGUUUUCACAUUCACUUAUACUGUUACUGUUCACUACUUAUUGACGUUGAACUUGAGAGAAACUCAAUAAACUUGUGACACUUCUGACUGUAGUUGUUACCUCUAGCUCUAAGGAUUCCGACGCGCACCCAGGAGCACACUCUGGUGUCCGAAAAAUUGGAGGCGCUCGCGUGAAGCACAACGUAGUCCUCGCUGAGAAGAACAAGGACGUCUCCUCCUCCUCAUCACUGUUAAGCGCUCCACUUCUGCAAAAGAUACAAGAUAGUUUUCUAACUUUUAGGGAGAACAAUUCUAAGGCCAGCAAUGAGAAUGUUCUAAUGAAGAACAAUGUUAAUGUACAAAUACGGCAACCUCUAACACUGUAUCCGAUUGAGCUGCUCUCCUAUGAAGGAGAUGGCCAGGUGUGCUAUCGCGGUAGCUACUCCAGUAACUUUUUAGGUGGCUCCCGAGGCAGCUGGCACAUGCGCAAUGUGUGGGAGAGACAGAAAACGGCGAUGACAAAUCACUGCUUGACUUAUGAAGGAAGCUGUUAAGUAGUUUUUUGGGCUUUUGACAUACUUACACAUAUUACUUAGGUAGUGCAUGCCUCGGCAUCAGAAGAAGAAGGUGUGUUGAAGUUUACUACGGCUCCACCUCCAAACUCUAUUUUUGUCGCAAUUCGUUCCACGCAUGCCCAGAAGUUUCAUUAUCGUCCCCUAGUACCCUUUCUCACUCUAACAUGCCCACGCCGAGUACAAGAGCGAGAAGAUUUGCUGCAUGGACAAUCCCAACGUGAAAUGUCAUAUCCCAUGGACCCAGUUAGGCGAAGGAAUUUCCCAUCGAGUCGGAUUCCAGGAAGCAAAGAGGUCAGGAAUUAUGGCUCGGUGAUUUGAGGUUUCUUUUGUAGAGCUAGAGGAUAGAAAGGUACUUGUUCUUGGUUGUAAAGGACUUGUGGUGUUGUAUACUCGAAAACUGAAAUAAAUGACCGAGUUACUGACUGAAGUAAGGGAGGUAGCUUUGACAGGGCUACUCUUCCUUGUUCAAUAUCUCGCAUAUUUUAAGUAGUUUUACUCGCUUAUUUCAGUUUAUCGAAUACGCUUAUAACCUUAAUAUCGCAAUUGUGACGUGUUCAAGUGCCUUUUUCUCGUGCACGUUCUUUCUUUCGUGGCACUUCUACUUCUAAUCCCUGUGCUCUCGUGCAGAUGAGCGCAUCGACUUCGGGUAGUGGCUCUUUUCGCCGCACCUCUAGGGGUCCUGCACAUGGCACAUACCUGUUAGAGCUCACUGCGAAGGCUGGAAGUGGAUUAACAUUAGGGCUACCGUAACGCUAAUGGUAAAAAUUCAUCGUGACUAGCAUGAUUCUUUAAUCGUGCAUGUCGUGAUCUUUUUCAUUUCUCAGCCGAAAAACGGCAAUGAAUUAUAUAAGGUUGUUCUUAAGACAAGUAAUUGACAUACUGCUGGAACUGUUUUGUCCUGCCUAUAGGCUUGUAGUACUAUAUGGGACACGGUGAUGAUGAUGAAUUUGGCUAAGCUCUAAAAAUAACAUCAAGCAAGAAGCGAAGCGACGACGAUGAUGAGGUUUUAGAAGGUGCCUCUGGCUCUGAAGCAUCCAUGGAUGUCUCGAGCGCUACAGCAAUCAAGGAGCUUUAAGGCUUCCUCUCUUGGUCCAUCCUCAGUAGCUAGAGACAUGAUCCAUCCUAAAAGGAGUUUAUUUCGAGGGAAAAAGAGGUUAGUACUGCAGGACGGUGCAUUAUCUUCAGAUGAUGGAUCAUUACGGAUAUUACGGCGAGCUCUAAGAGUUGAACAAGGGACUCCCUAGUUUUCCUGCCGCUCGUAUGUCGCAGUUUUACGCCAAAGCGGCUUCGUCUUCGCUUGGUGCACCAGGAGGUACUGCGUUGCUACGAACAGAGCAGAAGGAGAUGAGUGCAAUGCAGACAUGGCAGCAAUACGGAGAUGGAACAGGAGUGAUCUUGUGCUAUCCGAAGUUAUGUUUGUUCUUGGACGUGAACGUGAUUCUCAGUAUUCUUUCAUGGGUGUGUGUGUGACUUCUGAAGGUGCUAUCACUCAGGCAACAUGAUAAUCACUUGACAUCAAUCGUGAAACUAAAAUCUGACUGAUCAUCAAGAAGAUGAUGAAAGUUCUUCUCCUCUUCUUAUCCCCUGUCUCUAACACCUGAAGACAACUUCGUAGCAAUUCCUCCAGAGAGUUUCUACCUCCCAGUCACCGAGCUCGAAGCCAAGGGCAGACUACAUAGUCCAAAUCCGACCACGCGAACGGGCUAUCACCUCUUCAACAGUAUCGCGAACCACGCUAGCAAACCAUGUAGCACAUUGCUGGAUGAAAAUUAUGAAAUGAAUGGUUUUGGCUUUCGAUUUUGUAUUAGUUACACUUCCAGCUUAGCUCCAUCGACUCUCCAAGCAGAUAAGUAAAACAAUCGGCUAGCUUUCCCUCUACUCAUAGACAUAUCCCAUCAAGCAAUGCAUUAGUUACACUUCUAGGACUACGACUAAGAGCACACUACUUUAUUUUUCGAUUUUGUAUUCCUCACACUUCUAGGACUACGACUAAAAGCAACAACUCAAACUGAGAGUCAGAGUCAGAGUUGUAUCCUCAAGGAGUUUAUGAGUCAUCUCCUCUAACCCGAACUCCUAACCGGUCUCCUCUACCGACAGGCCCUGGAGGGUGUGGCGAACGUCAAGGAAAUCUGCCUGAAGGGGAACAAGAGGGUGGUGCGCACGGAUCCAAGGAGCGGAGGAAGGAUCUUGUUGGAGAUCUUGUAG